UCGACUAAAUAAAUGAUAGGAUGUUGCUGUCGUAGUCGCAUAUAGCUGCAACAUGCAAACAGACAUGGCCAACCUAAACAGAACAGAAUCUUUCGUUUUCGAUCGUGGAAGCUUCCAGGACUCACAAACGAAAGAUGUGUGUUGGGCAACGGGCAGAGGUGGGACCAAGCGAAACCAGUGGAGCUAAACAAAGUGAGAAGAUAUUCACUUAUCAGGCAUCUAUCCCGAUCUUCCCGUCCUUACCUACAAAACAAUGACUUGACUGUCUUUUCCGUUCGCCACUUGUCCUAAUAAAUUAAUAAUAUUGCCUCUCUUUUACUAUCACAAAGCGUAUCGUCUUUCACUCCAUGGUUUCUCACUUUCUUGAGUUGAUGACCAAACAGAGUGUGAAUGGGAAAACGAUACGAUGUUUAUGAAUAGUGUAUAAGGACGCUCUGAAGUGUAGAAGUCAAUAUGAGAAACUACACACCGUGUCCUGGGCCUCGGUUCAUCGUUUCUCUGUUCCAUAGAACCAAAAAAAAAGACCUUUUUUCGUGCAGGACUAAAUGUGGAGAGUGAUGUUGUUUUCUAUUAUGUGAUGUUUGGUUUAGUUUCUUAUUAUCUUGGUUUCUCUUAUGUGUUUUAUUGGUUUAGUUUCGUGUGAUCUUUCUUUCUCUUAUGUGAUGUUUGGUUUAGUUUUGUGUGAUCUUGCUUUCGGUUAUAAAACCAUGAUUAAUGGGGUUCUUAGAGAUGGGGUUCUUGGUUCAAUGGAACGGAGAAAUGAUGAAAAGGGUGAUUGAAUGCUUUGUCGUAUGAAAAUGAUCUGAUUUGCCAAUGAGUUGAUCACACACUUAACCACAAUACAUUUGACCCACCUCAUGUGAUAUAAAAAAAAUUAAUUAACGUCUAUAUAGAAAAAAAAAACACUAUAUGUAGAAAGAAAAAAACAUCUGGUAACGUCUUAUAUAGUCAAUAGACCCAAUACAAACAUCUGGUCCUGUAACGAAGUCUUUUUAUUGGGUUCUGUAAUAAGUAUCUGGUCAAUCACCUAUAUAGGAGUUUGAGUUUGAUGUUCUUUGCACUUUUGGGUUCCGUCUCUUUCGUUGGUAGCCGCUUUUGUGAACUUAGUUACCUUUCGCCCAUCAGUCGUAUGACGAAAUGCCUGAAUGAAAUUUAGAGACUUGGUUCUGUUUCUAAGGUUAUAAAGUUUCUUCCUUUUCUUCUAUUCAGAGUUGGUGGAGUCUGCUUAAUUAAGCGUUCUUGUGUAAGUCUUUAGCCACAUUGAGUCCGCUGAAUCCUUCCAAAUUGGAUAAUGGAAAAGGGAAAUCCUUUCGUUGCGUCCUUACACGAAGUAGAGAACCAACUUGAACUGUCACUGCGUCAAGCCUUUGAGAGUCUCGAGCCGAAGUUGCAGCCACCCUUCUCCCUGGAUAUCCCAGACCCGCAAGAGUCUCUUGAGCUCACUAGAGCCAUCGUUUAUGCCGUGUUAUGCGAUUCUGGUUCCUCUAAAACCCACAUCAAGCUCCUACAUGCUCUCGUCACUGAUGGGUAUGCGUUUUUCACUAGUUUGCUUGUUGGAACCGUUGUUGAACUGUACGGUAAACUUGUUGACUCAGCUAAAGUUCAGCUGCUUUGGUUAACAAAGGAGAUGAUUGAUGUCUCGAGUGUGGGACUCGAGGAUUUGCUUGUUUCUUUGCUGAGACGCAUUGGAAGUGGGGAUUACGGGGAGCAGAAUGUUUGGCUUUGCUCUGAACUGGUGAGCUUGUUUCUUGACAAAUGGGAUUGCUUGCUUGAAGAUGCGCCCUUGGUCUUGACUAGUGCUCUCUACAGCUUCCUUCGUUUGUUUGCGGAUCAUUGUAGGGUCACAGGCAUACCGAAGCUGGAAAACGUGAAGAGGCUAGAGAUCAAGUUCUGUGUCAAAAUGUUUAGAGAGCAGCUGCAUUUGAGUUUGAAGAUUGGAAGGGAUCUUGUCCGGUUAUUACAGGACCUAGUUCACAUCUCCGAGUUUAAAGAGAUAUGGAAUGAUUUGGUGUGCUCUGACGUUUCAAAGAUUUACCAGUCGAAGACUUCAAGUAGAUACUUCCUUCUCCGGAUAACUCCUGAGAUGGAAACCCAGUUAAGGUUUUUGCUUGGGAAUGUGAAGCUUGGAAGCCAUAAGCGGCAUCAGGUAUGGUUCUUGAAGAAGUUUCUCUUAGGUCCUGAGAAAGAAACAGUUCUGAUCGACAUAGUCCGGUUCAUCUGCUGUGUUGUUCACCCAACUAACGAGAUCAUCCGGUCAGAGAUCAUGCCGAGAUGGGCUGUUAUAGGUUGGUUUCUAGACCUGUGCAAGCAAAAUCAUCACGUCGAAGGGAGGGUUAAGCUGGCUCUCUUUUACGACUGGCUAUUCUUUGACGAAAGAAUUGACAGCAUUAUGAAUGUUGAACCUGCUGUGCUAUUGAUGUUAUGGUCGAUACCUCAGUAUCCACACAUCACUCACUCUUUACUUGAGUUUUUGCUUCAUCUUGUGGACACUUAUGACGUAGCCUGCCGAGAUAUGAUCAUGAGAGGUGUGGCAUCAGCUUUCAGAGAGAUUGAGAGAAAGGGAGUGGUUCAAUCGAUGGAUAUGUUCCUAUCAAAUCCUGAGAUUGCAACAGAUCUAAAGAAGAAGCUAGCAAACUUGUUGUCAUGUCAUCAGGACAUUAACUGAGCUCUUUAGAGCAUACCAAUGAUACCAUUACAUAUCAAUGAACAUUUCUUUGUAUCACAUUAAUACAUUGCAAGUGGUGUUCUUGCCAGAAGAUGAGAAUGAAAUUCCACAGAUUAAUAAAACUAGAGAUAGCACAGAUUUAUUCAUAAUGGUUUUAAUUUCAAAUAGCUCUGGUUUGGUCCUUGUGAAGUCAUUACAUGAGUUGAUAGAACCAUAUUGGUUAUUUGAUGUGACACUGGUAAAGAACGAUAAUAAUAAUAACUCUUCAGGGUUGUUCACCAA